AUGGAGGAAGCAAAUCACUCCGUGGUGUCUGAGUUCAUUUUUCGUGGACUUUGUGAUUCAAGGGAGCUCCAGACCUUCCUCUUACUGCCUUUUUCAAUGCUCUACCUGCUGACUGUUGUGGGCAACCUCCUUGUCGUGCUCUUAUUCAUCACUGACCCUCAUCUCCAUUCCCCAAUGUACUUCCUCUUAGCCAAUCUCUCAUUUGUGGACUUCUGCCUUUCCUCAGUCACUACCCCUAAACUGAACACAGACCUCCUAAAGGAUAAUAAGACCAUCUCCUUUGGCGGCUGCAUGACCCAGAUCCUCUGUGUGCAUUUUUUUGGAGGGGGUGAGAUGGUGCUGCUUGUGACAAUGGCCUAUGAUCGUUAUGUGGCCAUCUGCAAACCACUCCAUUACUCCAGCAUCAUGGACAGACAAAAGUGCAUCUGGCUAGUUUUGAUAUCAUGGAUCAUUGGCUUUGCACAUGCCAUGAGCCAACUAGCCAUGAUUUUUGAUCUGCCCUUCUGUGGACCCAGAAGAGUGGACAGUUUUUUCUGUGAUAUCCCUUUGGUGAUCAAACUGGCCUGCAUGGAUACACAUACUCUGGGAAUGUGGAUAAAUACUGACAGUGGGAUUUUGGCAACAACUUGCUUCAUUCUCUUACUAACCUCCUACACCUAUAUCCUAGUAACUGUUCGUGUUCACUCAAAGGAUGGAGCAUCAAAGGCACUCUCUACCUGCCUUCCCACAUCACAAUGGUNUACUUCCCACAUCACAGUGGUACUGCUAUUCUUUGGACCAUGCAUCUUCAUCUAUCUGUGGCCACUUAGCAUCACUUGGGUAGACAAGUUUCUUGCAGUGUUUUACACAGUAAUCACACCUCUCCUGAAUCCAGCCAUUUAUACGUUGAGAAAUAAAGAGAUUAGGAAUGCCAUAAAGAGACUGAUAAGUCAGCAUAUGGGAUAA